AUGUUCUGCCACGCAAAGCCACCGCUCUUCGCUCUUGCUGCCACCUCGCAGCUCGCUUCUGGUUACGCCAUCAAGAGCGACGGUGUCAACUGCCGCUCUGGACCUGGCACCAGCUACGGCGUCGUCCGCUCAUACAGCAGCAGCGACGACGUCACUCUCUCCACGGCUUGCUAUGUCGCCGACUACUACGUCAAGACUGGCACCAGCGGCUACGUCACCACGAAGUGCGAUUCCACUGGUGGCGGAUCCACCGGCGGCGGUGGCUCUACUGGUGGCAGCUCUUCGAACGGAUACUGCAAGAGCGUCAACGCCGCCUCGCUCAACCAUGAUCAAGGAAGCCCGGCUCCCGAUCCCAUCGGUCUGCCCACUGUCGGCUACGGCCACCUGUGCCAGACCAAGGGCUGCAAGGAGGUCAAGUACGGCUUCCCGCUGACCCAAACCACCGCUGAGGCUCUGCUCAAGGAUGAUAUCCCCAAGUACACCCUCAAUGACUACCAGUGGGGUGCGCUGGUGUCGUGGGUGUUCAACCUGCCCAAGUGGAACAAGGCUGGUGGCCGUGUUCUGUCUGGCCUGACGCGCCGUCGCAACGCCGAGGUCAAGCUUGCCCAAACUCCUACCAACGCCCAAGCCUACCCCAACUGCUCGUGAGCAAAAAAUAUCUAUGUAAUUAUCUUUUCUUCCUUUCAUCUCCAAUAUCAACAUUUCUCAAAC